GUUCCGGGCUGCCCGCGCCCUCGCGGCGGGAGCUGCGCCGGGCGGCCGUCCCAGCUCUCCCGGUUUGCAUCGCUGUUCCAUCGCUGUUCCAUCGCUGUUCCAUCGCUGUUCCAUCGCUGUUCCACUCCUGCGGUGGCCCCGGGCACUGAGGGCGCUGCUCCCGGUCUGGCCCCGCCGCCGCGGGGUCUGUCAGCCCGGCCUGCCGAUCUCCGCUAUCUCCUCUCUCCUCUUCCCUCUCCCUCCCUCGCUCUCUUCUCUCCCCUCACAGCCUUUUUUUCCUUUUAAAACAUUUAGUAGCACAGAGAAGUGUCUCUUCUUUUUGCCCCGCGGGUCGCUGCUGUUUGACGGUGCGUUGUUUUGUUGUUUUUUCCGCUGUAAGGCUGCGGUUUCGGUGCAGACCGUGAUCUGUCGCCAUGAGUUUCCUGCUGCCCAAACUGACCUGCAAGAGGGAAGUGGAUCAGGCAAUAAAAAGCGUCGCUGAGAAGGUUUUGGUUCUCCGUUUUGGAAGAGAUAAUGAUGCUGUUUGUCUGCAGCUCGAUGAUAUUCUUGCAAAAACAGCUCAUGACCUAAGUAAAAUGGCAGUCAUUUACCUGGUGGAUGUGAACGACGUCCCAGUGUACACCCAGUACUUUGACAUCAGUUAUAUUCCAUCUACUGUAUUUUUCUUCAAUGGACAACACAUGAAGGUUGAUUAUGGGUCUCCAGAUCACACCAAAUUUGUGGGAAGCUUCAAAACGAAGCAAGACUUUAUAGAUCUGAUUGAAGUGAUUUACCGUGGAGCAAUGCGGGGAAAGCUCAUUGUGAGAAGUCCUAUUGAUCCCAAGAACAUUCCCAAAUACGACCUCCUCUACCAAGGCAUUUAACGGUUUGACCUGAGAUAAGAAUUACACAAGACCUGAGAUAAGAAUUACACAAAUGGACGAUGUUGCAGAUCCCUUUUCCUUUGAGCGCUUUUGGCCUCCCCUGACGUUGUGGGACAGUUUGAGCAUUUAUCCUGAAGGAUCAUAUUGGUCUCCUUCUGAAGACAGAUAUUCUGUCACCUCAUGCUGCUCUCAUAAAUAAAGCUACGUGUUCCUGAAUAGAGUUGACAAAAGUUCUUGGAGCUGUGUGCUGAGCAGCCCUUACAAAACAGGCAGGCUGUGUGUAUCCAUGGCUGUGGAAUCUUCUCCAGGGAAUUGAGGCACUCCGGUAGUUGUCUGUGUAGUACCAUUUUCAUUCAGAUGUAAUAACAGUAAACCUGACAUUAAUAAAAAAAGCUGUGCUUGCUCUCAAGAACUUUCAA